GUCAGGGAAAGAGAGAGUGAGAAGUCCAGAGAGAGCGAGAGAGAGAGAGAGAAAGAGAGAGAGAGGGAGAGAGCAUUAACCCAGCCCACUUCCACAAAACCAUUCAAGUCCUACAGACUGAGCACUACUAGACUUCUCCAGAGCUCUGAACAUCCCUGGGGCAGCAGAGAAGCAGAGUAUCCCGCGCGCCGCUCAAACUUUCCGGAGGACCGGACGAGACCGCAGAAGGACGAGACCAGACCUGUAAAUCUCUCAGCUCCAGCCUGCCGUUCUUCCUGCCAAAAAAAGAAAGAAAAAGAAAAAAAAACAAACAAAAAAAAAAAACUUCUUCAAAGCAGGAUUAUACUUUUUUUUUUUUUUAAAGAAAAUUUACUUUUUGAUUCGAUUAACUGCAACAACUUUUUUUUCUUCUUCUUCUUCUUCUUGCUUGUCACACACAUACAGGUAGACACAGGCACACACACACACACACACACACACGAACACACGUGCACACACACACAGACACACGCGUACUGCGCGCACACACAGUUUGUAAAUUUUAACUCAGCCAGCGUUGGCGCUCCGCGGCGGUAGCGGCAGAGCGGGAGAGGCGUCAGCUGCGUUCGCCAGUCGCUUCUGUCAGCGCCGCUCGUCAGAGUCUCCAGGGCACCUCCCACCGAGGAUGUCUUCAUUGGCCCUGUUGAGUGGAAUGUUGUUGCUCCUCUCCGGGAUUUCGGCUGCGGGCUGCUCCCCUGCGCCUCCCGGCUCGCCGUCAGAGGAGGCGGCGGCGGCGGCGGCGGCGGCGGGUGGGGGCGGGGCCGAGGGGAGCCCGUCGGCCACGGCCUGCCCGUCCUGCGCCCUGGCCCGGCUCCCCGAGGAGCCGGCGGCUCGGCCGGACAUGGUGGAGGCGGUUAAGCGGCACAUCCUGAGCAUGCUGCACCUGAGCGAGCGGCCCAACAUCACGCGGCCCGUGCCGCGCGCCGCCCUCCUCAACGCCCUGCGGAAGCUGCACGUGGGCCGCGUGGGCCAGGACGGCAGCGUGGAGAUCGAGGACGAGGGCCAGCGGCACGCCGAGAUCAGCGAGCAGGCCGAGCAGACCUCCGAGAUCAUCACCUUCGCCGAGGCCGGCGACUCCAGCGAUUCCGUCAACUUCCACAUGUCCAAGGACGGCAAUGACCUGUCGCUGGUGGAGCAGGCCAACGUCUGGCUGUUCCUCCGGCUGGCCAAGGGCAACCGGAGCCGGGCCAAGGUCGCCGUCCGGCUCCUGCACCGGCAGGAGGGGCCCGACGGGCGGGCCCAGGAGGUCUCCGUCGCGGAGAAGACGGUGGACACGCGCCGCAGCGGCUGGCACACGCUGCCCGUCUCCGGCACCGUCCAGGCCCUGCUGGACCGCGGCGGCAGCACGCUGGGCCUCCGGGUGUCCUGCCCGCAGUGCGCCGAGGCCGGGGCCACGCCCGUGCUGGCCGACGCCCCCAAGCGGGAGCGGGAGCAGUCGCACCGGCCCUUCCUCAUGGUGGUGGUGCGGCAGGCGGGCGAGCAGGGACACCGGCGCAGCAAGCGCGGGCUGGAGUGCGACGGCAAGAUCCGCACCUGCUGCAAGAAGCAGUUCCACGUCAACUUCAAGGACAUCGGCUGGAGCGACUGGAUCAUCGCGCCGUCCGGCUACCACGCCAACUACUGCGAGGGCGACUGCCCCGGGCACGUGGCCAGCAUCACCGGCUCCUCCCUGUCCUUCCACUCCACCGUCAUCAGCCACUACCGCAUGCGCGGCUACGCCCCCUUCACAAACAUCAAGUCCUGCUGCGUGCCCACGCGGCUGCGCGCCAUGUCCAUGCUCUACUACGACGACGAGCAGAAGAUCGUCAAGAAGGACAUCCAGAACAUGAUCGUGGAGGAGUGCGGCUGCUCGUAAGGCUCCGCCUACGGGGGCCUGGGCCGCGGGGGGGGGGGGGGGGAACGAUCGGUACAUGAAUAAACGUACAUUUUUAAAAAAUGAGUCAAAAUUGACGACAAAAAAAAAGUUAUAAAAAAAGACAAACGGAGGAUGGACGAUUGACUUUGCCAACGGUCCUCUUGGAAGGAGACUCACAAAAAGUGUUGUUUUUUUAAUUAUUAUUAUUAUUAUUAUUUUGAGACUCGCUGACCCGACGCUGAUUUGUUUUCAGUCGUUAUUGAACCUUAUGGGGGGUAUCUCUGUGGCACUUUCAUAUUAAAAAAUUAAAAAAAAGAAAAGAAAAAUAAAUAAAUACAUAAUAUAUUUUUUUUACAAAAAAAAAGGGCGCAAGAAGAAGAGAGAAUAUUUAUGUUGCGGAGGUGUGGUGCGAUCCCCUCUUCUCUGCACUGCAAACGAAAAAAGACCGCGUCGAUGAGGUGCCUGAAUAAUCUCAAAACUAUGCAACUUGUCAAGUAUUACGAUGUGAUUUUGUUUUUUUUUUCGUUCGUUUUUUGCUUUGGAAUUGUUUACCUUUUCAAACUAAGAGGAAGACUUUUUAAUACUUUUUUUCACGUUACAUUGUUUUUGUUGUUGUCGUUGAAAGAUACUUGAAAGAAACAAGUUUGACCAGCUGCUGGAGCCAAACAUUUGUCGAUUUAUUAUUAUUAUUAUUAUUAUUAUUAUUAUUAUUAUUAUUAUUUCUUGCCAUUAUCAUGUUUUGUUUUUGAAAAACGUUCUGAACGUUGACAUUUUGCACUAUAACAACAUUGUGUUCAGCCUAUUCAAAGUUUUUAGAAGGGGUGUGGCAUUUCCGAAUGUACAGAAUUACAGAGCACAUACAGUACGUGAAUGAAGGGAAGGAGAUGUAGAGAAAGAAAGCAGAAGAAUAUUCACACAUUUCUUAAUAUUAUACUUCACUUCGGGCAACACCAAAGAGUUUGUGUAAGUGAAAUCGAGAGGCCAUUUUAGUGUAGUUAUUUUUGAAGAAGACCAGCUCUGUAGAGCAUCUAGUCUUUUGUUAUUUGUCCUCUCGUGUGUGAGAGUGAAAACUGACCUGCCCAUUGCUCCCCCACCACCACCCCACCACCCCAAAUCUUGGACCCAAGCACAUUGUCCUAAUGUUCUCAUUUAUUAUUUGAACACGGUUCAUUGAUGAGAAACAAAAAGCACUUAUGACCAACAUGCGUGUGUGUAUGUGUGUGUGUGUGCAUUUGUGUGUGUUUGUCUGUGUUUGUGUGUAUGUUUGUGGAGGGGACUGGGGGUAAUUAAAAUAAAACUUUUGAAACCAUUUCAGAAACCACUUAUCCAUAUUUUCGUUCUUUUAAAGAACAUAUUUCUUGUUGUGGUUGCUGCAAGCAUUAGAAGGACUCAUCCUUGGCCGAUCGCCAUUGUUUCCAGCAACAUGUUAUUUCCUGACUGAUUUAACCCCUUUAAGGACAGAGGUCACAAAUAUGUGAUUGGAAUGUUCUUAACUGAACAUUCUAAUGCUGAUGUAACAAUCAAUACUGCUAAAUUGAGUUCUAGAGCAUGGACAUAGAAUAUUGAAAAACAUUCCAAAAACCUAUUCUUCAAAGGGAUAGAAGAGCUGCUUUCCACCUGCAUUUCCUUCAUUCAACACUGUACCAUUGUCAAUGUCUUAUGUAAAGCAAAUUAAAUCUUUACGACAUAAAAAAGUGGAAACAUAUAAUUUGUGAGGAUGAUCCUGACAUGGAUAUUGUACAAAAAAAAGUAAUGAUGAAAACCUGGAAAAAAAAAAUGAUAAAAAAUUACAAAGAGAAAAAAUUAAAAAAACAUGGUUGUAUUUGUUUUAUUUUCUCAAGGCGAACGAAACAACACUGAAGAACGUGUUUGGACUGAGAUAAAAAAAAAUAAUGCUUUGUUUUAUUCUGUAUAUACAGAGAUACAGAUACUGAUCUGUUGCAUUGCUUUGAUGUACAAUUCAAAAAAAUGCUUGUGGCUAUGUUUUUUAAUCUAAUUUAUUUUAUAGUGUUUUUUCUUCAUUAAAGCUAAAGGGUUGUACACUAA